CACCCCCCCCCCCCGGUUUUUUAGUCUUGUUGCUUUAACAAGUUUUGCUUUCAGCAUUCUCUGCUACUCGCGCUCUCAAACGGUCGACGAAUUUCUCUUUGCAAACAGUGAAUAUGGGGCAGAAAUUUGGUAAAGGAGUUGUGCAUCGGAGCGGUGUGUCCGAACAAUGUACACCAUCGACCGAUUGGGAAAGAGAUGAGGGUGAAUUAUUUUGGACGUGGAGAGCUAUUCCACCGAGUGCAAGUCAUGUUAGAAAUAAUUCGCCUGCGAAUCGUGCAAGUGCAGAAAAUGAUUUAUUUUGGUCUUUGGGAUCAAACAAAGAUCAAGAUGAGAGUUGUGAAGCAGAAGACAAGGAAGUCGACUUAUUCUGGACGUGGAGAACGACUCUGGAUGAGGAGAGACCUCCUGUUACUGAUGUAACGUUGGUCUCUGUCUCUGUGGCAGCCGAAGAUGAGAUGUCCGGACAGGAUGUCAUUCCAGACGUCCUGGAAAAUCCGGAAACUCUCGACGGUGGCCCGGAGAUCCUCACCAGUCAGGAUCCACUCCCAGAUAUGGAGAAUCCAGUCUUUUCUGACUCUCAAAUGCAAUUUGGGUUGGAUUUGAACAGCGGUGAUGUUCAAAAUCCAGGCCCAAAUGAGGCAGACGGGGGUGCAGAAAUCCAGCAAUCUCAAUCAGUCGGUCAGUCUGAAGAGAAUCUGGAAGAUGAGGAGAUCUCUGGUGUGAUCUUUCAGGAGAUCAACUCCAGCAUGUAUAAGGUCGGUGAACUGCUGGCGGUAGACAGUUCAGUAUCUGUCUAUGAAGGAACCCGUGUGCAGGAUGACUUGAAGGUGCUAGUGAAAUACAUUAACACCAUGGAGCGGGUGGAUUAUAUCUUCAUCCCGGGUUAUCCUCCACCCCUUCCCCGUCAGGUGGGUCUUCACCUACUUGCCUGUCAGGGAGACGUCGUUCAUGAGAUUCUGCAGCUCGUGGACUGGCAGGAGUUUCCCGACCGCCUGGUCAUGGUGCUGGAGCGCCCUUCUCCUUGUGAGGGUUUAGACGAGUUUCUCGCCAGUAAAGGGGGAGAGCUUGAUGAGCUGUCAGCCAAGGAGAUCAUGUGGCAGGCAACCUGGGCUGCCCACAUGUGCUGCAAGCGGGGUGUUUUCCAUCGGGAUAUCAAGCUGAAGAACUUCUUCAUAAAAGCAGACACCCUGGACCUCAAGCUUGACAACUUUGGGUGCGGAGAGCUGCUUCAUAAGUCUGCCUACAAGACUUUUACAGGAACGAGAGAUUAUUUCUGCCCUGAGUUCUUCCGAACGGGCGAAUACUAUGGAAAGCCGGCGACGGUGUACUCGCUCGGGGUGUUGUUGUUUGCAAUGUUGCGCGGGAAAUUCCCCGACUGCAAUGACAGGAACUCGAUCUGGUCUAAAGACGGCUUGACUGAAGAAUGCUGCAGUUUGCUGGAAGACUGUCUCCAGGAGGAUCCAGAUAGACGAAUUCGUCUGAAAAAUAUAUUUAAACACAAGUGGUUCCAGGUCAAAGAUCCUGUUGACGGCCUCCAGACUCCCGUCCGCUCUGAAAACAAGGAUCUCAUUCUGUAUCGAGAAUUGAUGUCUAAAGUGGAGUUGGAGGAAAACAAUCCCGGUGUGGACAUUCAGGAAAUAAAUCGGAACCAGUAUGAAAUCGGCAAAAUGCUGGGGGAAGGCGGCUUUGGAAAAGUCUAUGAGGGAACCCGUGUGCAGGAUGGCUUGAAGGUGGCAGUGAAAAUUGUCUGGAAGAACGAGUAUGUAAUCAAUGAUUACAUCGACAUCCCGGGUUAUCCUGUACUCCUUCCUCGAGAGGUUGGUCUUCAAAUGCUGGCCUGUGAGGGAACAUAUGUUCCUUCGAUCAUCCAGUUACUGGACUGGGAGGACCGUCUGGACCACUACGUCAUGGUCCUGGAGCGCCCUUCUCCCUGUGAGGAUGUGUUGAGCUUCAUGAACCACUCAGGAGGCAAACUCGACGAGAAUACGGCGCAGGUUGUCUUGGGGCAAGCGACAGAAGCUGCUGAAAUCUGCUGCAUGCGGGGGGUCUUCCAUCGAGACAUAAAAGUGGAAAACGUCCUCAUUAACCCGAACACGAUGGAGGUCAAGCUGAUCGACUUCGGAUGUGGCGCUCUGUUUAAAAACUCGGCUUACACAGAUUUUAUGGGCACAGAUGUCUACUUAUGCCCUGAGUUCUUCCUAACCGGCGAGUACUAUGCAAAGCCAGCGACGGUGUACUCGCUUGGGGUGCUGUUAUUUGUCAUGCUCUGCGGGAAAUUCCCUCGCAUUGAUGACCUGGACCAGAUCAAUGAGAGGAGGUGGUGCAAAGAAGGCUUGACUAUAGAAUGCUGCCGGUUGGUUGAGGAUUGUCUGCAAAGGAAUCCAGAAAAGCGGAUCCAGCUGGAAGAGAUCUUUGAGCACAAGUGGUUUAAGAUCAGCGAGCCUUAGGAAUGUAAUGAAUGGAACGUCAGGUGUUAGGACCAAUAGGGGUGUAUUCAUGACCUACAAAGUAGGUCAUGCGGCACACCGUUAAGUUGGUAAGUUGCCUGAUAACCUCAAAUUGUGGUUCCAAUGUAAAUAACCAUAGCAACUUCUGCUCCAGAGCAGGGCUCAAGAAAAUGAAUCUAUCACGCAAAAAACCUAGGACUAGUUUGAAUAAGUAGGUUUUGCAUUGAAGCUAGACACGUAACGCUUGACAUAUCAAGCGAUCUCUAAAAAAAAGUAAUAGUGGUGCAACAUAAAAAUAUUUUUAUUCACAUAAGAUAGAACUGCUUUUUUAUCUAGUCUGUGCAAAUCCAGCGUCAGGCUUUGCCUUGUUCACAAAGGAAUCCGUGGUGAAAUGAAGCCAGCAAACACUCAGUUUACCCACGUGAAAACAACGUUUUCAUUUCUCAAGUAAUUUCAAUACUUUACUACUGUGUACGUGCAGUACAGAAGCGUUUUGGCUUCAGUUAAAGAGGGUUGGACUUGGGUCAGAGCCGAUGGUGGAGCGGUUCGUGUUCUGACAUAUGGCGCCGGUGCGUCCCGGGCGACCCGAGUUAGAAUCCCGGCUCGUGGUCCUUUCCCGUCCCCACCCCCUCUCUCAGCCACUUCGCU